CGCAAUCGUGUGGAAGUUGUAGUUCGACAGCCAACUUGUUUGCAUCAUUGGUCAUGACUCAUACAGCAACGGCGCUGCCUGGACAGCUUGAGUGAUGGCGGAGGGGAGGAGUGGAGAGGACAUUGUUUCAGAGUACCUGGACCAGAACCCUCACCUGGUCGAGUGGGUGGAGUCGCUCCGAGGAGUGCAUGAGACCAACAAGCAGUGGCAUGCCAGACGAGAGUUUUUCCUGAGGAACAUGGAGACGUUCCCCACAGUCCAGCCGGGCUUCCCCAGCCCCAGUCUGGAGCUGCUCUCACUGUCCAUAUGCUGGGCCAACCACAUCUUCUUGGGCUGCAGAUACCCUCAACCUGUCAUGGACAGGAUCAAGGAAAUGGCAGAGGGAGUGGUUGUCAAUGAUGCUCCAGUUCGAAAGACCAGAGAUGAAAUCAUGGGGAAAGGAAAGAGGACUGCAGGGGGCGACGACGACAGCUGCGCCAAGCGGACCAAGCCUGGGAACCCCUUCAAGCAAGGCCCACCCCCGCAGGCACCUGCCGAGCACCAGCCCUUCUUCAACCGCCUCUACAAGGCUGUGGCGUGGAAGCUGGUGUCGGCAGGGGGCUUCGGCCCCAACCUGGACCACUUUGAGAUCCUGCGUGCCUGCACUGAGUCGUCCAAAGAGAGCCUGAGCUGCAUCUUUGUGCCCCUGAAGGACAUCCCCGACCUGCCGGCGGCGCGCACCCAGAAGGAGGGCCAGGUGUGCGAGCUGCGCUGCCAGACAGUCUAUCUGGGCACGGGCUACGGGCGUGACGAGGCGGCCGCCAGGGCCAUGGCAUCCAAGGAGGCCCUCAAGGCCUUCCAGGGGCGCAAGGUGACGGUGAAGAUCUGCCGGCGGCGGUUCAAUGGUAGGGAUGUAGAGGAUCUGGUACUGCUGGAUGAUCAGCCCAGGAACCCGGGCUUCCCUCCCGCUAUCAGCUACCCCUUCCAGCCAGAGCAGCAGGGAGACGGGCCGUCGUAGCACAGCCAUGAGUCAUAGAGUAUCCUCCGGGGGCCUUUCCAGGGUCAUGUUCAGUAGGCAUCAACAGUUUGUAAAAUGGGMACGUAGGAAUGGGGGUUUGAAAUAAUUUCACAAUUUGAAUAGUAUAAUGAAUUUUUGUCAGAUAUUCGAAAUACAUGUGUUAUUGUUUUUUUUUACCUGAGCACUGCUGCGGGAGGGAGAGAGGCUGGCGCUCUAUUGCUGCAGCUGCAGAGGGGGUGAACAGAUGGAUGGAGGGAGAGAGAGAGACACCAAGGCAAUUCAAUGUUAUUUAUUAUCCUAUAUAACAGUGCCUGGCUUGACAGGAGUAGCCUAUAGCUAGCUAGGCUAAUUGAGGCCACAUGCUGCGCUUUUUCCCCAACCCCAUUCAGAUAAAACGACAGCCUACCUGUUGGUUGUUAUUCUUUCUCAUUUCGCUAACUUUUAAUUCAGUAAUUUUAUUCCAUCUUGCAUUGCAUAAGUGAACUUUCAUGCCACUUGUUACACAUUUAGCCUCUUUUCCACGUUGAUUGGCCAACAUAAACAACAAGCUACGCACGGCUACCGGUCGSCUGCCGGUCUUUUUAUGGGGUGCACUGGGCAUGUCAUAAAAACAACAUAAAAAAGUUAGUUGUUAAAUUAAUAAUUUGAAAUGGCAUGGUAUAUCCUUGUAUGUAACAAUGUCCCAUGGAUAUUUUAAUUUACAAAAAUCGUUUUCUGUGUAAAAUAGGCCUAUAUUUCUUUCUUCUCACAAAAUUGUAUACUCACACAAGUAUUCGAAUACUAACAUCUGUUCGAGUAUUCAAAUAACCAUGCCCAUCRCUAACUGGGAGGAACUACCUCUCCUGGACUUAUAUAAAUGCUAAUAAAUGCUAAUUUCAGUUUUCRGUUCCGAAACGUUUUGCUACUGUGUGCCCUAAUGAACACGGCCCUGGUAUUUAGAAGUUGUGUGGGUUUGAAUGGAGCUGCUCUAUGAGUCAUACAGUACCACUGAAUGGAUGGAGUCAAUGCAUCAUCACCACCACUUAGUAGUUUUUACGCUUUUAUUAUUCUAGAGGAGCGUGUACCCAGUUCUUGUUUC